UCUUUGGAGAUAUUUAUUGGUCUUGGGUCCCGAUCUGGCCCUUCGAACAAAAAAGAGCCCAAAUUUCCAAGAUUUCGACUGAAAUAUCUUGACUUUUUGAGUAAAAGAGGAGAGACCGAGUCGCCUUUUUAUUGUCUUUACGAGGUCUUCUGGUUUAUCGGAGGAUAAGGCUUUUCUAGCGCUUUCUCACCCCACUGUUUCGCUUCUUGGAUUCUGGGGUUUCGGUCUCUUCUCGGCCAAAGGAAAAGACAGUUCCUUAAUUCAAUUCAUGGAGUCUUACCAACCCUUUUCACCAUCCUCCAAAUCUUCUGCUGCCAUGGGCGUGCUUGAGAAGCCUAGACCUGAGCCUGUCAAGCAGAGCUUCAACAGCUUCCCCGGUGAAGUCACCACCCAGCAGCCUGCGCUGAUGGUGUCGAACCCUGAUGGAUUCGUUGGCUGUCUCGAGAUCUUCAUUCACCAGGCACGCGACAUUCAGAACAUCUGCAUCUACCACAAGCAGGAUGUUUAUGCCAAGCUCUGCCUCACUUGCGACCCUGAAGUAACCGUCUCGACCAAAAUCAUAAAUGGUGGAGGGCGGAACCCGGUCUUCAACGAUAAUCUCCGGCUCAAUGUCCGGACCAUUGACACGUCUCUCAAGUGUGAGGUCUGGAUGCUGAGUAGGGUCAAGAAUUAUCUCCAGGACCAGCUGCUGGGCUUUUCUUUGGUGCCUCUAUCAGAUGUUGUCUUAGCCAAUGGGAAGUUGGAGCAGGAAUUCUCCCUCUCUUCUACUGAUCUCUUCCAUUCACCAGCUGGUUUCGUUCAAUUAUCACUUUCCUACAUCGGUUCUUCACCGGAGGUUAUGGCCAUUCCAGCUCCCACAGCCUCUGUUAUUCAAGAUGUUACUUUGCCAGAUUCGGGGAAGGAUGAUGCAAUCCCUUGCGAGUAUGAGAAAAUUGAGUUCCCUGACUUGAAGAUUGUGAACGAAAAUCAGCUUAUGGUUUCUGAGUAUUUUGGUAUCCAAUGCACCAAUUUGGAUGCUCAGAGCUCGGAGAGCUUGAUUACUUCGGAGAAUGGCAACUGCCCAGACGAUGAUGCAGGGGUACGUGUUGUCGAGAGUUUCUCAACUGACAAUAGUGUUGAUUCUGCUGGAGCUUUGAAAAAUGACACUCCUGUAAGCAGUGUCUCAACAACUGAAUCUCCUGCGGCGCUUCCUACCUCCUCGCAGUCCAUCUCUGAUCCAUCGGCAACCUCAUCAUAUCUGAGCCAGAAAGAUAAGAGUGCAGAAGUUACAGAAGGUGAGGCUGAUUCAUCCUCUGACAAUGCAUUCGUGAAACCUCUUAUUAGCAUAAACAUUGAGCCAGAGCAGACCGUUGAUCAGAAGGACAUUGCUGAUAUGUAUAUGAAAAGCAUGCAGCAGUUUACAGAGUCAUUGGCCAAAAUGAAACUUCCGAUGGAUAUCGAGAAUAGCAGCCCCACCAUGGAAAAUGUUACUUCUGGUUCUGAAAAAAAGUUGCCAGCAGCCAAAGGAACUGGUUCUAGAGUUUUCUAUGGAAGCAGGGCUUUCUUCUGAAGUUUCCCGCUGGUGGAUAUGUGGGUGCCUCUAGACUUGGAGCUUACAGCGGUCACUUAAUGCAUAGUAGUGAAAAUGAGCACCUUUUUGUAUGCUGUUUAUGUUUAUCAGAAGGUGAAAGAUGACCUGUACUCACUACAAAGUACAAACUUGCUGAUAGUACUACUUUUACAUGUAUCUGAUAUGCUUGCUUUCCUUUCCUGAUUGUGUGGAGUUGUGAUCAGAUUGUUAAUAUUUUCAGAAAAUUCUUGUUUUGUUGCUUUUUUUCCCCA